AUGAGGCACCAUGAUAGGAGCCAAAUGGGAAAAAGACUACUUGGCGAAGGAGCGAGUAAGUGUCAAGAUAGGAAUGAGCUUGGUAAAUUCGAGGGGGGAGAAUUUCGCAGAACAUCAACAUCAGACAAGGCCACUCUGACCAUGAUGGAUCAAGAGCAAGAAAAAGAUUACUCCGCGCUCGGCUCCCAGGGCCGGCGAGGAGGUGAGCUCGGGGGAGCCCGGACGCGCGCUGAGGAAGGUGGGGACUGGGACUCGGGGCUCUCACAGGAAGGAAAAGAGGGGAGAACAGGGACCCAGCGGGGAGGGAGGCCAGGGUGGCUGCCGGGAAGUGGUCGAUUUUCCAAGGCGAGUGUCGGGCGGCAGGAGGCGGGCGCGGGGAGGUGUAGUACGUCGGCGGGACCCCGUCCCCGCCCCAGCCCGCGCGGUUCCUCAGCCGCCUUCCAGUCAGAAGGUGCGAGGCGAGGCCUGAGGCGGCUCAGGCUUGUGAGGGACAGGUUGGCAGACCGCCCGCCCACAACGCUAGCGGACUUGUGCGUUGCUUUGACGGUUCCUGGAGUCCCGCGUGUUUAUUCCAAAGUGUGUUUCACGUCCGGGGCGGAGCGGGAGGCCUGCGUGCGUGUAGCCGUGAGUCCGCAGCGACGCGACCCUAGAUUCCCGAGUCCGGUGGCGGCGCUCGCGCCCGCGCCCGCGUCUUGGUCACUCGCCCAGACGGAAGCCUUCCGCCGCGCGCCCGGGAGUCUGGGGUGGGCUUGCCCGGAUUUAGGCUGGAUUUUGGUAUCUUUUGAGAUUUAUGACAAAGUCCAGCUUUUAACAAUAUUGGAAUCAAAUGACUCCAUGUUUUCCUUGGAUAAUUUGUUUUUUGAAAAAACAGAUGAAGCUGAAAACCACCUAGACAGUGAAAAAUCUUUGGAUUGGUUUCUUCCACCUGCUCCACUGAUUUCAGAAAUUCCAGAUACUCAGGCAUUAGAGGAAGAAAUAGAAAGUCAUAAACUGUUAGGUCAGAAUAAAAGAUCAAAAAUGUUACUGUCAAAUUUAAAGAUAACUAAUGAAGACAAAAAUUCACAAACUCGAAAAUUCCAGUUUGACUUCCCUUCUAAUGAAUAUGAAGAAGAUGAUCUAAAUUUAGGAGGGGCAGGUAACCAUGACUUACGUGUUGCUGGCAAGCUGACAUAUGGUUUUCAGAAAUGCAAAAAUCACAUUGGCACUGAGAUAGAACUUGAGAAAAGUGUUCCAGAUGAUACAAAGUUAGUUAAUUCUGUACAAGAUACAGGAGUGAGUGCUUCAGCCUUCUGCAAAAGGUUAUUUAAAAUAUCUGAUAAUAUACAUGAGGAUGCUUACUCCAAUGACCAUGCAAGCUCGGACUCUAAUAUUGGCUCAGUGAAAAUUGUCCAAACAGAAAUGAACAAAGGGAAAUCAUGGAAUGGUAGCAAUAGUAAGUAUAAACCUCAAUAUGCAGACUGUAACAUUUUGACAGCCAGUGAUACACUUUUUGCUUCUGAAAUCAGAGAAGGCAUAAUCAAAGCACCGUCUUUUCCAGUUGCAUCCCAGCCUCAUACAGUUCAAGGGGUAACAGAAAAAGGUUUAGAUUCCUUGAAGGCUGUCACAGAAAUUCCUGCUAAAUUUAGAAGUAUUUUCAAAGAAUUCCCAUAUUUCAAUUAUAUACAGUCCAAAGCCUUUGAUGAUCUUCUUUAUACAGACAGGAAUUUCGUGAUUUGUGCUCCAACUGGUUCUGGGAAAACUGUAGUGUUUGAACUAGCUAUAACAAGACUGUUAAUGGAAGUACCAUUGCCAUGGUCAAACAUUAAAAUUGUUUACAUGGCACCAAUAAAAGCCCUGUGUAGUCAGCGUUUUGAUGAUUGGAAAAAAAAAUUUGGACCAAUAGGAUUGAACUGUAAAGAACUCACUGGAGAUACAGUAAUGGAUGACCUAUUUGAGAUUCAGCAUGCCCAUAUUAUUAUGACAACUCCAGAAAAAUGGGAUAGCAUGACUAGAAAAUGGAGAGACAACUCUUUGGUCCAGCUGGUUCGAUUGUUUCUCAUUGAUGAGGUACAUGUUGUAAAAGAUGAAAAUCGUGGACCAACUCUUGAAGUUGUAGUCAGCAGAAUGAAAACUGUGCAGUUUUUAUCUCAUGCUGUAGAAAAUACCAACAGUAUUAUUCCAAUGAGAUUUGUGGCUGUAUCUGCAACAAUUCCAAAUGCUGAGGAUAUUGCAGAAUGGCUUUCAGAUGGUGAAAGAUCUGCUGUGUGUCUGAAAAUGGAUGAGAGACAUAGACCAGUGAAACUUCGGAAAGUGGUUCUUGGGUUUCCCAGCAGUGAUAACCAAACUGAAUUCAAGUUUGAUUUAACCCUCAACUACAAAAUUGCCAGUAUUAUACAAACAUACUCUGAUCAGAAACCCACACUUGUGUUUUGUGCAACAAGGAAAGGUGUGCAACAGGCUGCUUCUGUUCUUGUGAAAGACGCAAAAUUUAUUAUGACUGUGGAACAGAAACAGAGGUUACAAAAGUGCACAUAUUCCAUAAAAGAUUCAAAACUGAGAGAUAUCUUAAUACAUGGUGUUGCUUAUCAUCAUGCUGGUAUGGAACUGUCAGAUAGAAAAGUAGUUGAAGGAGCUUUUACUAUUGGAGAUAUACCAGUUCUUUUUACUACCAGUACCUUAGCCAUGGGAGUCAAUUUGCCUGCUCACUUAGUGGUUAUAAAAUCUACAAUGCAUUAUGCUGGAGGAAUGUUUGAAGAAUACAGUGAAACAGAUAUUCUACAGAUGAUUGGUAGAGCCGGUCGACCUCAAUUUGACACUACAGCUACUGCAGUUAUCAUGACUCGGUUAAGCACAAAAGAGAAGUAUAUUCAGAUGCUAGCUUGCAGUGACACUGUAGAAAGCAGUUUGCACAGACAUCUUAUUGAGCAUUUAAAUGCAGAGAUAGUAUUGCAUACUAUCACAAAUGUGAAUAUUGCUUUGGAAUGGAUACGAUCAACCUUGCUUUAUAUCAGAGCCUUGAAAAAUCCAUCUCAUUAUGGUUUUGCAUCUGGAUUGAGCAAAGAUGGAAUUGAAUCAAAAUUACAAGAAUUGUGUUUGAAGAAUCUGAAUGAUUUGUCAUCUCUGGACCUGAUAAAAAUGGAUGAGGAUAUUAAUUUCAAACCAACUGAGGCAGGAAGAUUGAUGGCUUGGUAUUAUAUCACAUUUGAGACAGUGAAGAAAUUUUGUACAAUCAGUGGAAAAGAAACUUUGUCAGAUCUGGUCACAAUGAUAGCCAGCUGCAAGGAAUUUCUAGAUGUACAAUUAAGAAUAAAUGAAAAGAAAACAUUGAAUACUUUGAACAAAGAUCCAAAUCGGGUAACUAUCAGAUUUCCAAUGGAAGGAAGGAUUAAAACAAGAGAAAUGAAAGUAAAUUGUCUUAUUCAGGCUCAGCUAGGAUGCAUUCCCGUACAAGACUUUGCUUUGACACAAGAUACCUCAAAGAUUUUCAGAAAUGGCUCACGAAUUACAAGAUGGUUAUCAGAUUUUGUGGCUACUCAAGAAAAGUUUGCUGUAUUAUUGAACAGUUUGAUUUUAGCUAAAUGUUUUAGGUGUAAACUUUGGGAAAACUCUCCACAUGUAUCCAAACAGCUGGAAAAAAUUGGUAUAACAUUAUCAAAUGCUAUGGUAAAUGCAGGUUUGACUUCCUUUAAAAAAAUAGAAGAAACAGAUGCAAGGGAACUUGAGCUGAUUUUAAAUAGACAUCCCCCUUUUGGAACUCAGAUAAAAGAAACAGUGAUGUAUCUACCAAAAUAUGAACUUGAAGUGGAACAGAUUACAAGAUAUAGUGAUACCAUGGCAGAAAUAUUAGUGACUGUUACAUUAAGAAACUUUGAACAGCUACAAACUAAAAGAACAGCACCAAAUUCUCACUAUGUCACCUUGAUCAUAGGGGAUGCAGAUAAUCAACUGGUUUUUAAGCACAAAAUUAUGGAUUCUGUUUUGCUAAAAGCUGGAAAUUGGGCUAAAAAGUUUGAUGUGAGGAGAGCUCUUCAAUCUGAAGAUCUUAGCAUAAAUCUAAUUAGUUCAGAAUAUGUUGGACUUGAUAUACAGCGGAAAUUUACGGUCUUUUACUUAGGACCUAAGAGAUUUGGAAAUCAAAUAAUUAUACAAAAAAAAUCAGAAACAGAGAUUUCCCAUUCUAAACAUUCAGAUAGAUCUACUGUAGCAGGGCCCAAAAAAGGAAUGACUGCCUGCAAAAAACCUGGGAACCGAGAAUGUAAUCAUCACUGUAAAAAUAAACUUACAUGUGGACAUGACUGCUGUAAAACUGGAGUUGCACAGAAGUCAGAAGUGAAAGAAUCAACAAUUUCUUCAUAUUUAUCUGAUUUAAGAAAUAGAAAUGCUGUUUCAUCUCUUCCUCCAGUUAAACGUCUGAAGAUGCAGAUGAAUAAAUCUCCAAGUGUGGACCUUAAAGACUUUGGUUUUGCUCCAAAACCUUCUCUUCCCAGUAUAGCAAGGUCAGAAUAUUUAAACACACCUGAAUUGCCUGUAAUGGAGCAGAGGGAUCAGCAUGAGAUCUAUACAAAAGGUCAACAACCACCAUCGGCAUAUCAAGACAAAGAAGUUUUGAAAGUGAACUUUGAACUGGGAAAUGAAGUUUGGGAUGACUUUGAUGAUGAAAACUUAAUAGAAAUUACUAGCUUUUCAGCUGAAACUGAGAAGACAAAACCAUCAGGAUUUGGAAACACUUUGAGUUCAAGUACUGGGGAAAGUAAGCUACCGUUCCAAGAAUCAAAAGGCCAAUUCCAAAGAGAAACGUCAAAGAGUUUUGUUUCAUCACAUGAGGAGCCAGAUAUUUAUUUAUCAAAUUCUGCUAUGUCCAAGUUUGGUGCAUCCUCCAUGACACAAUUGCCUCAACAAUCUGGAAAUGCAAGUAUUGUCCAUUUCCAAGAAAGAGAACAACAAAGUCUGUCACCAGAGAUUGAAAAGCUAUGCUUUACUCGCUCUGAAAAAAUAUCAAACUCUUCAAAUUUUAAUAAGAAAGUGGAUUGCUUUAUUAGAAGUGAAUGUAAAAAGGAGACUGAUUUCAGUAGGUAUCAUCCUGAUGAUGAAGCUGAUGAAAUAAAGUCUUUUCUGGGAAUAUUUGAUGGUAUUUUCUAAAACAGACAAAAAUGCUUUUUAUAUUAAUAAGACAAAGUAUAAAGACA